CAUUCCGAAACUGCCGUCGAUUAAAGGAGACGUUUCAUAGGUGCACAGGCUGGCCGCCUUGGCUUAAAUUACUUUUUUAGGGAGAGCUAAAGCCUCAAUUCUGUGACUUCAGUCAUGGCAGCGACUGCAGUGCGUUCUCUCCUAAAGAAGAGGGUACUUCUUCAGUUGGGACACAGGUGUUACUCCUCUUCCGUGCCCACCACAAAGUUGUUUAUUGAUGGGAAGUUUGUUGAAUCCAAAAGUUCAGAAUGGUUAGACAUUCACAAUCCCGCCACCAACGAGGUGAUCGGCCGGGUCCCUAAAGCCACGCAGGAAGAGAUGUUGGCUGCUGUGGACUCGUGCUCGCGGGCCUAUCGCUCUUGGUCUGAAACUUCUAUUUUGACCCGUCAGCAGGUUUUCCUCUGCUACCAGCAGCUCAUUAAAGACAACAUUAAAGAGCUGGCUAAGCUGAUCACGCUGGAGCAGGGGAAAACGCUGGCAGAUGCUGAGGGCGAUGUGUUCAGAGGAUUACAGGUGGUAGAACAUGCAUGUAGCAUCACCUCCCUUAUGCUGGGGGAGACUCUGCCCUCUAUCACUAAAGACAUGGAUACUUACACAUACCGACUGCCCCUUGGCGUCUGUGCUGGCAUCGCCCCCUUCAACUUUCCCGCCAUGAUCCCACUCUGGAUGUUCCCUAUGGGCAUGGUGUGCGGGAACACGUACCUGAUGAAGCCCUCAGAGCGUGUGCCUGGAUGCACAAUGAUGCUGGCUAAGCUGCUGCAGGACGCUGGCGCUCCAGAUGGCACACUCAACAUCAUCCACGGCCAGCACGAUGCUGUGAACUUCAUCUGUGAUCACCCUGCUAUAAAAGCAAUUAGCUUUGUGGGCUCCAACCAGGCAGGAGAGUACAUCUAUGAGAGAGGCUCUAAAAAUGGCAAGAGAGUGCAGUCCAACAUGGGGGCAAAGAACCAUGGUGUGGUAAUGCCAGAUGCUAAUAAAGAGAACACUCUGAACCAGCUGGUGGGUGCUGCAUUUGGAGCAGCUGGCCAAAGAUGUAUGGCACUUUCCACUGCCAUCCUGGUAGGAGAAGCUCGCGACUGGCUGCCUGAACUGGUAGAACGUGCCAAGAACCUACGUGUCAACGCAGGUGACCAGCCAGGUGCUGAUCUUGGACCCCUGAUCUCCCCUCAGGCCAGGGGCCAUGUGAACAGACUCAUCCAGAGUGGAGUGGAUGAGGGUGCUUCUCUGCUGCUCGAUGGCAGGAACGUGAAAGUUAAGGGCUUUGAGAAUGGCAACUUUGUGGGACCCACCAUCAUCAGUAAUGUCACACCUGAAAUGCAGUGCUAUAAGGAAGAGAUCUUUGGCCCUGUCUUGGUGGUCUUAGAAGUUGAUACCUUGGAUGAAGCCAUCAGUAUAAUCAAUAAGAACCCGUAUGGAAAUGGAACUGCCAUUUUUACCACUAAUGGUGCUGUGGCUCGCAAAUACACCCACGAGGUGGAUGUUGGCCAGAUUGGAGUGAAUGUACCAAUUCCUGUUCCCCUACCCAUGUUCUCCUUCACUGGCUCUAGGGCCUCUUUCAGGGGUGAUACCAACUUCUAUGGCAAACAAGGCAUCCAGUUCUACACACAGAUCAAAACCGUUACUUCACAGUGGAAGGCAGAGGAUGCUACAGUAAAAUCUCCAGCAGUUACCAUGCCAACCAUGGGACGCUAAAUUGCAAUAAACCACACAUAUGCUGACCUCCCCCAAAGCCCCUGAAGUGUAGAACAUAUUGUACAGACAGGUUGUGACUUGGGUUUUUGCUAGUAUAGAAAUAAUAUAAAACAGUAAUCAGUGAUGUAUGUUGCACUAGACUGUUUAACUACUACAGUAUGUCUGAAAUUGAUACAUUUCUUUCCAUGGCUCUGUUUGCUUUUCCAUGUGUUAAAGCCAACAAUUAUUAACAGUAUUUGUCCUCUGUAAUUACAUCGGCAACUGUUUUUACACUGAAGCCUACAGCGAUUUUAAAAAAAAAAAAAAAAAAAAAAAAAAAUUUAAAAAAAAAUUUAAAAAAAAACUAAUUAUGGCUAAGCAACGCAUUAUUGCCUUAUAAGCAUAUUACCUUAUCUCAUAAUGUAGCACAGCUGUUCUAUUACGUACAAUAAAUGAGCAAUGAGUGUGUUCUCCUUUACGGUUUUCUUAAGACAUCAGUUUCAAAUGUAAGCUUUUAAAAGGUACUAUACCAGACAGUUCGGAGGAAUGGGCAAGUCUUUUGACUGUCAUCCUGGACUACUUUUCAUAUGGUAUAUGGAAAAAUAGGAUAAAAAUAUUUAAAAAUUAACAUAAAGAUUGUACUCGUAUAUGGAAGAAGGCAAUGCCAUUUUCACUUCAUUCUCACAGAGACCCAAGCCAUUACCUUCAGAUAAACAUGUGAUUCAUAUGGAUUAGAAAUACUGUCUCUUUCUAUAGCAAAAAUACUUCCCAGUAAAAAGACAAGCUAAUGUGUGUACAGGAAGGUUGAUUUGUAUUUGGUCACAUGAUUAUGUGGUAUCAUGUGGUGAUGUGAACCAGGUUCAGGGGCCUUGGCAGUUAAUGCAGGCCACUGGAGUUAGAAGUCGUGUUGGACACGGACGCCUGGGUUACAAAGGUCAUGGGAGAUUCUUCUCUUGCUCUGUGUGAAAGACCAAGAGAAAGGGCAGGGUGUUGAACAAUAUUGAAAAAACAAUGAAUGAUAUGGAGAAAAAAAAUGAUGGAACACUCUUGUAAGAAUUAUUCAGGAUUGUAUCAAAAUGAAAUUCAAACAUUUUUAAAGAUAUUUUUUAAAUGUUUGUCAAACAAUGCCUUGAUUUACAGAGAGAACUUCAAUAAAUGAUUCAAUCAUUCAGACAGAUAAUAUAAACUAGGACAGUGUGGAUGUCUGGGGCAGGAUAUGAUUUUGUGUGGUACUAAUCAGCUUCAUUAAUAACUUCCUACAUUUCAGUUGAAUAUUUAGUUUAAAAUGUAGUUUUAUGUUUCACAAUAAAUGUCUUUCUUUGCAACA